AAAUGGGAGGUGAGCAGGAAAUCGCUCCGAGUGUGGAAUCGGAGUGGGCGGCGGCAGCGCCGGUCUCGCACGGGGAGUGGCGCUGCUGCCGCUGCCGCUCGCCACGCUCCAUUGGCCGCCGCAGCGACGUGGAGGCAGCGGCAGCAGCAGCAGGAGGAGGAGGCGUGGCGACUCCGCACGCGCGGCGCGGCUGAGUCACAGAGCCAGAGCCACGCUGAUGCUGAGAGGCACGGGGCCGGGCACUGCACCCGCCGCAGGCUUCACCCGAGAAAAUCAACCUUCAUAUCAAGAUUCCCAAAGAUGACGUGCUUCUGAAGCAGGAAAAGCAGAAGCGAGUGUUGAGCACGUUUGAAGAGCAGGAGAUCGAACAUUUACAAGCAACAAAGUUGCAUGCGGUUGAGAUAGAAGCCGCCGAUUCCAGCAGCGAGCAGCCCGAGGCGGCGGCGGAGCAACUCCUGAUGCUGCGCUACGGGAGCGCGGCCAGCGCCGCCAGGCCACGGGACCCCGAGCCGACCACCACGCCCAACGGGCUGCCGGGCGAGGGCCACGACGCGGGCGGAGAGAGCGCCGGCCUCGCCUUCGCCGCCACGCGGCGCCAGUGGCUGCUCGCGGAGCGCCAGGUGGCCGCUCCCCUCUCCCCCAGGCGCACGGCCGGAGAUCGCGACGACGCCGGCGGCGGCGGCGGCGGCGGGCCGCCUCCCGGUUGGAACGCGCCGAGCGGCUCGCCUGGGCGCGACGGGAAGUCCUCGCUCUCUCGCAGCGACGACGGGGACGACGACGACGACGGAGACUCGGGUUACCGGUUCCCGGACUCGCCGGAUGACGCGACGCUGGCGGACGGAGGCUCGCUAGACCUGGGGCCGGACGGCGGCGGCGGUGCCAGCACGGGCGACAGCGCCGCGUCUCCCGGCUCCCCGCGGAGUCCGCGCGGGCCGCGGACGGACGGCACGCCCCCCGAGACGCCCCCUGAGACGCCCAUCGAGCGCGAGAUCCGGCAGUCGCUGCGGCGGGAGGAGAGCCUGCGGCGCCGGCGCGGGAUGGCGGGCGUCGCGUGUGGCCCCGGCAGCCGCGCCGAGCUGGUGGAGAUCAAGACGCUGCCGGCGUUGUCCUCCCGCCUCGCGCUGCCACGCUCGCCGCACCCGCUCGCCGCUCCCUACCCGAGCCAUGGGAGGUUUCGUUUGGCGGAGCAGCAGAUGUAUAGAGACAUCCGGCUGGAGACGCAGCGCGAGGAGGUGCUGGUGAAGGCCGGCCACGUGCGCGGCCAGUACGACCGUGGCGCCGCGCAGGAGCUCGGCCUGCUGAAGAAGAUCUUUGAGCAGCCUGAGCCACCCCUCAGCCCCACCACCCCCAAAGCUCGCCAGCCCAGCCCCAGCAGCCCAGGUCCCGUGAGGCAGUCGAGCCGGGAGCGGCUUCUCCUGGAGCCGGCCUCAGAGAACGUGGUGAUCGUGGAGCACAAUGUCCUGCAGCCACACGGCCGCACGGGCGCCCCGCUCACCUCCACUCCGCACCGCGCCGCCCGCAGCCUCGCAGAGUGGGACACGGGGAACGUGAUCAUCUUGGAGUCUCGGAUCGGAGCCUGGGAUGAGGAGCCCACGAUGCCCACGCCCCCGGAGCCACCCACGUCCCCUCCGGGAGGGGGGCCCUCCCCGUUCGGCCCGUCCCUGCGCCGGGCAAACGACGCGCUGUCGCUCGUCGAAAGGGAGAUCCGGGAGGCGCACCGUCGCGACGACGAGCUCCGGCGGCAGCGCCACGGCGUGUACGGCACGGCCGGCAAACCGGGAGGCUUGCCGCAGGGAGGCUCGCCCCUCAAACCGGCCGCCGGGGAUCGCGCACCACGAGCCACCGGGGGGGCCACCCCCACGGUCCCCGCAUCUCCGGCCUCUCCCAACUCGCACGCGGCCGAGUCCAAGGCGAUAACCAAUGGCCAGGACAAUCAACAUCCGGCUCAACACAGAGAUCCAAGCCCAGGCAGCAAAUCCGACUCUGCACAGGUCUCUCCUGGUGGCAGGAGGAGUCCACGCAAGAGUGCGAUGGCGCUGCGCUGGGAAGCCGGGAUCUUUGCGAACCACCAGGGCAGCCUGGACUGAGACGACAAGGAGAGGAGAAGCCAAACCCAGGCCACUACCCAGGAGACACCGCACGGCAUCCACCAUCGCUGCCCAAGCAGACGGAGCAGAAUGUUCACUCACCAUCACGACUAAACACGACAUACCCUCGUCAUCACAACAAACCACAGACUACCCCACGCUCUCAUCACUGUAAAUAACUCAGUGGAGAAGCACAAGGAAAGAUUUAGGCAAAAUAAAUGCACAGGGUGACGGCACCCACACUUUUCUGCGUUGUGGUAAUAUUUGAAUUCUGAAAAAAACACGGCAGGAUACGUGACAUUACAGAUGUUUUGUGAUAAAUGGGAAGGUACAAACUGCAACAGGGCGUGCUGUGUCCCCACCUGCUGCACUGAUUUGGCCACGGAGGCCCCAGGGCCCCGUGCCGGUGAGGCCAAGAUGCUGGCCGUGCGGGGCGCCGCCGGUGCUAUAGGGGUCCAGCGAUCCCACUCACUGUCACCACUCGAUUCUCUUGGUAACAUUACGCUGAAUGUUGCGACCUCUCGCGGCUGCAGGGGUCAUGUAAACCCAUCCCGUACACGUGCGUAAGAAUGGACGCAUGUCGGUGAAUCGAUGAACCGACACCCCCCGCAGCGUGAAAAGCGUCGCCCAGAUCGCGCAUCUGCUCGCGCGUCACCGUGCUUCUUGCCGUCGGGACGAGCUCGUGAAUGCCUAGAUACCGGCCCCCCAGUGCACGCUCGUCUCUGGAGCCUGGAGGACUAAGUAACAAAAUAAUUUCAAGGGUUUCACGGGUGUAAUGCCCCCAUGGGCUUGUCGAGUUGCAUUGUGGAAACGGUGCCAGAAGACUGUAUUACUGGAUGAAUAAUCCCUGCCCCCAGCGUGACGAUGAAGUUACUAUCGCAUUAAAGUGAAAAUGCCUGAAAGAUGCUUCUGCAUUUUUAACCGGCCUUGCCACCGCUGGCUUUAGAAGCUGCUUCUCCGGCUUGGAGCAGCCGCGCUGUCACAGAGGAGCAUUGUAACGCAUUCAGUCUCGUGCAAGGGAUUUUAAAACGCCACACAACUCUUGUCUUGUACGAACUGUGCUUUUAGAAACUGUGGUGACAAAAUGCAUUUCUAUGAAAAGAAAGUUCAGAUUUUUACAAAUGUAUACACAAGGUUAUUCUCUUCGAUGGGAAUUGUCCUGGGGCACUGAUGGGGUGUGGUGGCUGGUGGGGAUUACUCCGCUGACUCAUAAACGUGCGUCUAUGUGCAUCUACGGAAAUUGGGCGUAAUUCAAGGAUUUGCAAACGUGCUUUGUUUCCGCAGCAUUCAGUCUUUCAUUUCGAGGUAUGAAAAGCACAGAUAGCAGAGAUUCAAACCAGAUGUCUUCUUGUGGUACAUGGUCCAAUGGGUGAAGGCUCCAGGUUCUCAUCGCUUUCCACAGACCUGCCCAGCAGCAGGGGAGGUUUUAAAUCACAGCAUUUGGGAUAGGAAACCCGCACUCACGGAGAGAUUCCAAAUCCGGGGAUGUGAAUACUGGUAUUGUGAUCUCCACUGUAGAAAUCAAGGCCCUCUGUUAAACCUUUGUCCAAUGGGAGGCCGCUCUUUCUUUGCUGCUGCUCCUGAUGUCUGGAAUUGCCUCCAUCGUGGCCGUGCACACUGCUGACACCGUCCUCUCAUUCUCGUUGAGGGCGACGACUUCCCUCAUCUGCCUGUGGCUGGCGCUCUUAUCUGUGAAGCGACUUCAUUCACACUGCUACCGUAACAUUCACUUCAGUUCUCUCUUUAGCCUGUAGAAGUAGAGCUGCCCUUCCCUGCUGUAAACCACGCUAUGCAACCUCUCUGUGGACACAUCCCCUAGUUGUGUACGGCGCCUUGUGAUGUGGUCGCAUCAUGUGCACGGCCUACAUCAAUUGGCAGUGUGUUGGAUGGGACCAGGACGACCCAACGCAAGUGCAGGUCCUGCAGUCACCUCCACCGGUGGACAUGAGGAGAGAAAUCCGUGUCUGUGCGGGCCAGCCAUCCCGGCCCGAUUCCAGGGUGGAGAUCCACUCUCGCCAUGGUAUUCCAAUCAAGACGGAGUGGUGGAAUUCAAUCCUCGCUAAACCACUGUGAGACCUACUCGGCAGGAUGAUGGCCGCCUAGUAAUUGGUGCAAUCUGUAAGUCCUCUCGUCAAGCCGCUCGCCGUGGCAUCUGCCCAGAUUAUGCUGCAGCGGUCUGCAUGCAGGUGGCGGUGAUGUUGCCACGAUCUCCCGUGGGUAUCCUCGACAUUGCUACCACCCACUCCGAUCACACGCCGCUGUGCACCGUUCAGUAGCGUUGCCACGCCGACGAUGUCCGGCUGUGACCAAAGUUGAAUGAAUUAUUAAGGAGCUACAUUUGACAACCGUAAAUAAACACAAGCACGCGCCAUGUUUGUCCUCGGCACUGCCUUGCAGCAGCAGAGAAGUAUAAAUACGUUGAGUGUUCUGGCCAGUGCCCAAAAUACACUUCCUGUUCUAAGGCAAUGUUGUUCAUCCGGGCGAGGAUUUACAUGUAUUUCGCAAUAAAAACGCAAGUGUUCAAAGGGCUUUGCAGUGCACACCAAUAAACAUUACACUGAUAAGAGGGAAAGGCAAGUGAUUAAAUAAUAAUACUAAUAAUUGUGUUUGCAGUAGAGUUGGAGAAACCCGAUGGCAGAUGCGGUGAGGUGUCUGGUGCGUAUUAAGGGAGGACAAGCGAAGGGACAUGACCGUGGGUUGGACAUAAACACAAGAGGCGUCUGUCGGCCGACAAUCUACAAGUGGUUCAGUCCUUUAGAAGCAUAUCAAACAUUUUAUUUUUCAGGAAAAAAAGUGGGUGGUAUUUUUUUUGGGUGACAUAAAAUGUUUUGUUGCUGAUGUGUAAUAUAUGUAAUAUUUAAUAACAUGCAGCGCCAUUUGGCGACCUGCACAUUUUUCAUUGUAUUGACUUAUAUGAUAACAGAAUGGAUAAAGACUUCGUCAUGCGCUGUUGUGGAACGAAUUGUCACCUGGGUUGCCGGAGCCAUCUCCAUGGCGGGGCCCUGUUCAGCGCAAUCAUCAAUGCUGGGUUUGAACCCAGCAAUACGGUAUUUGUUUUUAAAGCCUAACUGCUCAUGAGAUACAAAAAGUAAAAAGCAGGCCGGGGUUAAAUCAAAUCUUGUUGGGAAAUAUCGGUCCAGAA